GUUUCCUGGAUUUUUUUGGUAUGUGUUUGAUGUUCCAGAGUGGUCUGGUUUUGGAAAUUGCAUCAUUCAGAGUUUAUUCCCUGGAGUCAGAAUGUCCUUUAAAUUGCUUUUACAUCUUCUGCAUGAGACUGUUCUGUGAUAGACAUAACCCAGCCUUUUUCCUGUUUUGAUCCCUUUUGUUUAGCACAGUGAAGUUGAGCCAAGGUAGCGAGUACUGUUUGUAAUGAGCUUUGAUCGAUUGUGUGUCUCUGUGUCAUCCAGGCAGUGUGGCGAGCGUAGAUAAGCCCCCUUAUGAGGUGAAAACCCUUCCCUGUCCUGCAGUAUCCGCUCCAAGCAGGAAUAAGGGAUGUCACGGCUGUUCUUCCUUUUGGCAAUGCUUAUUUUCUCCUGCAGCAUCCAGGUAUCUCCGACUGCUACUCUGGAUAAGCUAAAGGAGAGUUGGACACUGUACAUGGAGGAGUGUGAUCGCAACAACAGCCGAGACCCACCAACAACUGGUCUUGUGUGCAACAGGACUUUUGACAACUAUGCAUGCUGGCCUGAUGGACUCCCCAACACCACAGUCAGUGUGUCAUGUCCGUGGUAUCUGCCAUGGUACCAUAAAGUCAAGCAUGGUAGAGUGUAUCAGGAGUGUGAUGCCAGCGGUCAGUGGGUGAUGACGAAAAAUACCAGUGAGUGUGACUCCAAUGAUCCAAGUUUGCAGUACUAUGCCUAUAUUCGAAUCAUGUACACAGUGGGCUACUCCUUAUCACUGGUGGCUCUGGUGUUGGCCCUUGGCGUCCUCAUAUUCUUCAGGAAGCUGCAUUGCAUGAGGAACAACAUCCAUAUGAAUCUGUUUGCCUCCUUCAUUCUGCGAGCUCUGUCCAUCCUCAUCAAAGAUGCUCUGUUGGAAGCCAACAUCACAUCACAUGACCUCAGCAGAGACCAGGACCAAGGAUUCCCCCAGGCAUCUAUGCCUCCAGUGGAGCUGCUGGUUAACAAUGAGACAACAAUCAGCUGUCGCAUUGCCGUGGUGAUGAUGCAGUACAGCAUCAUGGCUAACAGCUACUGGCUGCUGGUAGAAGGCAUCUACCUACACAACCUCCUGGUCAUCACCGUGUUCACAGAGAGGAACUACUUCAAAAUCUACCUGUGCAUCGGCUGGGGUGCCCCGUUGAUAUUCCUCGUGCCCUGGGUUAUUGCUAAAUAUCUUUAUGAAAAUCAAGAAUGCUGGGGGCAAAAUAUAAACAUGAAUUAUUGGUGGAUCAUUCGUUCCCCGAUACUGCUGGCAGUUGUGAUUAACUUUCUUAUCUUCAUUCAUAUCAUCAAGAUUCUUGUGUCAAAACUUCGAGCUCAUCAAAUGAGAUACACAGAUUACAAAUUUAGGUUGGCUAAGUCAACUCUAACCCUGAUCCCUCUGCUGGGGAUUCAUCAGGUGGUCUUCAUCUUUGUGAUGGACGAGUCCACCAAAGCAGCCAUUGGACUGCGUCUCACUAAACUCUUCAUUGACCUCUUCUUCUCCUCCUUCCAGGGUCUCUUGGUGGCCAUCUUGUACUGCUUUGUCAACAAAGAGGUGCAGUCCGAGAUCCUGAAGAAGUGGAAGCGCUGGAAGCUAGGGAGGAACAUCGAAGAGGAAUACCGCCACACCUACAGCAAUACACCCAACACUAAGACAGGAAGUCUGUUAAACCACGUCUCACGGCUGCCUCACCUCCCAGACAUUGCCAAGAGCUCGGCGCCGGCCUGCAGCCCGGAGGAGACGCUCAUGCUUGUGGCUGGAUGCCACAAUGGUAUGAUGGACAAUAAAGGGGAAGGCAAGUGCGGGAGUGAGGGAACCAUCAGUAACUGCACCCUAGUGGAGGACAUCAGCCUUGCAGACAAGGCACAGGGCGACAAGGCUCCAAGAGAGAAGGUGGAGAGCAAUCUGUGAAAUGUACUGAAAAUGAUAUUUUGGCAAAAAAAAGAAGAAAAGGUUGGAUGGCUGUGAGCUCUCGUCUGGCUCUUACAUACUGCCUGGGGUGGCUGUGAAGAGAUGGGCUGAUAAAGUCAUCUGACAGAGCGGCCUUUGCCUCAGAGAUCAGCGCCACUGGGAGACACUCGGCCCCCUGUAAAGCCUGAGAACAGAGAAUGACACAGCUAACACCCACACUGAGGUGUCUAGAGCACUGUGAGCCUUGUAAAUGGAUUUUUGUAGGCGUUAUGAAAGACUCUUCUGCAUGGUGGACAAUGCAACAAGAGCAUCUCGGGGCAGAUAAGAUAUGUAUAAUAAUGAGAGACAAACCUGAAACCUCAAAUAAGAACGCAAACAAACAAGACAAAAGAAAACACACAGGGUCCUUGCUUGAGCCUCUGCUUUAAUCCAUGUUGUGUAUCAAAUGUGUUUUGUGGUACUGGAGGUUAAAAGCAAAUAGGACAUUGAUCUCCAUACAAAAAAUGACCAAAUAAUUCACACAAAACAUGGUAGGGAACAGAGAUUUCUUGUUUUUGCUGUGCUCUGACAUCAACAAAAUGUUCCUUGUUUGACUUUUUUUGGAAAUGUAUAGAAAAAGAAACAUUGUUACCUCAUCCAGUAGGGUGACCAGAGUGUUCAAAAGGCUCAGUGGAAAUAUUGAAAUCGGCAGCUGCUUUUAUCUGGACAGUCCUGGCUUACAUAUAGAUGUUUUAAGAGGUCAACAGAUAGUUGGAGAUGAAUUAUGAAUAAGCUAAAAUGAUCAGCACUUGACUUACUUGCAGGAGGAGUUUUAAAGUAUAAAUUAAUUUUUUUCAUAUCAGUUUGAACCAUGGAUACUGCUUAGGGCUACACUGAAAGUGCCGGUAAGGUUUUCAAGAAAGUAGAUGCAAUUCUGUGCUAUUGAGAUGUAAAAUAUUUUCCCCAGACAUCAAGAUCUUUUUGACUCUAGUGCAUUGGCAUACUUCACGAACUUCCAUUCAGUGGUGUCCUCAACAAAUGGAGUCGAUAUGGGAAACCUUGCACUCGCAUUAAGGGUAAAAAUACACGGCAUGGACCUGUAAUGGAAACCAAAAAUUCAUAAUGUAUCGAACCAACACUGUAACACAAAAUAACAUGUCAUCUUCAAACAAAGGUGUAUAAUAGAAAAUAAUCUGUUGUGUAUGCAGCCAAUAACUUCCUAAGAUUAUUCUUAAAUUUGUUUUUAAGGAGAUUCUUCAACAAGCUGAGUACUGCUGCCAUCAAAAUUGUCUGUGAAUGGUGAAAGUGUGGAAGUUGUGCAACCAAACUUCUUUGUGCCGACUUCUCUUCAUUGCAUUUUUGGGUUUCACUGACAAGGUUGUGUGUCUAAUACUAAAGUGCUCAAGAGAAGGGUCAGCUGCCUGAUACAAGAAUGGCAGAAGCGCUUUUACAGGCAUCUGGUUCACUUUCCGGGGUCUGAUCCAGCUCACAGUGUACUGGGUGCCCAGGACCCAGCAGGCUGGUCCAUCCGGAUGACCUCUUCAAACCCUAUGAUAAGACUGAAAAUGAUGAAGAUGGCUUUAAGUGGUACAAUGUCAUGACUACGUGGACAUGGAUGACAUGAUGACUAUGAUCUACACAUGCUAGGAGAACCCAGUGAAGUUUUAGAAACCUCAUGGCAUAAAUAACACCAUGGAUACUGUGAUUGUCCCAAAGUCUGAUACUAAGAAGGAGACUCACAUCCUUAUUGUAGAUGGCUUUCUGCUUUACACCUACAAACCUUUGACUGACAGCUGUACCAACAUUACUUUAUUUCCAUCCUGUAGAAAGAAUGCAAAAAGAGGAGGUACUCAAGGAACUACACGUCAGAUCCACCCAGUCUGUUCAAUGGCCAUGUCUGGCCAAUUUUAAACACAAUAACCCUUGCACUCAUUCAGCUGGAGCAACCAAGUGCCCCCGUCUUCACAGCUUCCAGGGGUAGCUGGGAGGAUAGGAGCAUGGGCCUGGUGCAGGCCUGGAGGAUAGCCAUCAGGUGGCCAGAGCAGUACAGGACCAAGGUUGACAUUGUGAAUUGCUGAACCAGCAUGUGUUCUCAUACCUGACCUUACCUUCAACAAGUCUUGCAGUUCCAUGAAGCUACACUGACACUGCUAAAUUGUUUAACCCUUUGUUACCCACGCCGAUGAAAUCAGCAGGGGGUUAUGUAAAGGGUUCUGUAUCUUUCUUUGUUUGUUUGUAUGUGUACAAGAUAACUCGAGAACGGAAAGUCAGAUCUUCACCAAACUUUCAGGGAA